CGAGUAUAGUAAACAUGGCUUCCAGAAGCAGAUCUCUGACUCCUCAACUUUACCAACGAUUUCGUCAAGUUUGUGAGCAAUGGCCUGUGGAUAAGACCAGAUGUGGGAGAGACCUUGGUGCACAUAUCAAGGAGAACUUCGGGGCUAACAUGAAAAAUUCUAAAAUUGAUACGAAUGAAGCUGAAAAGAUGCUGGACAGUCUGGUGAAAAUUAGUUCUAACUAUUACAAAGAAAAGUAUCCUAGAAAACGUGACACUGCCUUCUCAACUGAUGUUGCCAAAGAAGCAGGAGCUGUAUUGUCUACACAGUAUCAAAAUCAAGUAAGAGAAAAAGCAAGCAUUUGGCAUAAACUAGUUGGAAAGAAAUGAAGAUGUCCAUUCGUUGGAAUAAUUACUCUCAGUAGAACUGUAUAAAGGCUUUAUUCAUCUUACUGAUCGAAUCUUCUCCAUCUGAUUGUGUGAGAUGUGGUUGUCUACUAAGCUUUUUUUAAUUCAAUUUAUGACACGUUUACAAUAAACGAACAAUACUAGAUAUUUACAAUGGUAUAACUUAUAUUCAAGGRUUUCCAUUUUUUAAGAUGGACAUUGGUGUCAUAUAUAUUACGAUGCUUUUAUUUGUCGAUAAUGUUUCAAUUUUCCAAUAGGAAACAAAGGUCUGGUUGCAUGGAGUAUGUUUGGAUUGAUUUUUUUAUUUAUUUUAAUAUAAAUUAAUAUGAGAAAAUUAA